AUGGAUGAAAGUUGCAUCGACCUUCAGAAGUUUUCAUACGAAAAAUUGGUUUGUGCCACUAAUAACUUCUCAGAGAAGGACAAACUUGGGGAAGGAGCAACUGGUUCAGUUUUUAAGGGAUUUUUAAAGGAGUUGAACUGCUUUGUUGCAGUGAAGAGGGUGGUAGUUGGUUCUAAGUAUGGCAUAGAGUCAUACCUACCAGAAGUGAAGAUCUUAACUAAAUUGCAGCAUAAAAAUUUGGUCAAUCUCAUUGGCUGGUGCGGCAAGAUCAAGAAAGAACUUCUCAUUGUUUACGAACUUGUAGAAAACAAGACCUUGGAGUAUCAUCUUUUCAAUGAAAUAGGGUUUUUGGAUUUGGGUCUAAGAAAGAGAAUCGCUUUGGACUUAGCUUCAGCAUUGCUUUACUUACACGAAGAGUGCGAGCAAUCAGUGCUACAUUGCGAUAUCAAACUAGACAAUGUUUUGUUGGAGACAAAUUUCAAUGCCAAGCUCUGUGAUUUUGGCCUGGCAAGACCUGCGGAACGUGGGCAAGAAUCAGGUUAUCCUACUGUUUUGAGUGGGGCACCAGGGUACCUAGCACCAGAGUGCGAAAAAAGUAGGAAAGCCACCAAAGAAUCAGAUAUUUACAGCUUUGGUGUGGUGCUUUUACAAAUGGCUUGUGGAAGGCGAGCUGUAGAAAGAAUUCAAGAAAAUGGUAUGAAAUUUGAGAUCAAGUUAGUGGAUUGGGUUUGGGAGAAAUUACGUGUAAGUGGAGAGAAUAUUUCUGCUGUUGCUGAUCCACGUUUACGCCUAAGCUGUGAUGAGAAAGACAUGGAACGAUUGAUUGUUGUUGGCCUUGCUUGUGCUAAUCCAAACCCAAAUAAUCGUCCUUGCAUUAGAGAGGUCAUCAAUAUGCUCAAAUGCUGA